AUGUACAGCUUUUUGCAAAGUAGUUUCCUCGACUUCGAGCUAACCCGCUUGCUGGGCAGCACCAGCUCCGGCGGCUGUGAUGUUGCCGAAUUUCUCGAAGCCGUGGGCCAGAUCAAAAAGAACGACCCGGAAAGCUGGUUCUCCGCCUGGCAUGAGCAGUCCCGUCGAGCAGAGCGGAUCGCCCGCGAAGCCGCCCAACACGGUCACGCCUCCGCCGCGCAGAGAGGCUUCCUUCGCUCGUCCAACUAUGCCCGCGCGAGCGGGUACAUGUUCAUGGCCGGUGAUGAACGCGUGUUGGAAACGGCAGAGCGCGCCGUUUCCUUGUUCAGGGAAGCUUUCGUCCACAUGGACGGCCAGGUUAUUGUUUUGGACAUGCCGUAUCGGGAUGACGUCUCCAUGCCCGGAUACCUGUAUCUGCCGCCGGAGUCGAGGCGCAUGCCUGGCGGUAAGAUGCCAGUCGUCGUCAAUUGCUGCGGAGCCGACUCGACGCAAGAGGAGUUGUAUUUCGCUCUGGUAUGCGCAGGAGCUGAACUUGGCUACGCGGUUGUGACGUUUGAGGGACCGGGUCAGGGUAUGCUGCUUAAACGGGACAAGGUUUCCGCGCGAGGAGACUACGAAGUUGUUACUCGCAAAGUUUUGGAUUAUCUACAACGUAUUUCGGAACAAAAGCCGGAAUGGGGGCUGGACCUCGAGCGCAUCGGCGUCGCGGGGGCUUCGAUGGGAGCGUACUACUCCCUCCGAGCCUGCGUCGACCCUCGUAUCAAGGCCUGUGUUGCCAUUGAUGGGUUCUACAGCUUGUGGGAGGUAGCCAUGGAGAGGAUGCCAGGCUGGUACUCGUCUCUGUGGUUGUCAGGAUGGCUGCCUGAGUGGCUGUUUGACGCCUUGGUCCGCUUCGGCAUGAGGAUGGACUUCACCACGCGCUGGGAGUUUGGUCUUGGUAUGGCCAUGAUGGGUACUGCGACGCCGGGGAAUACACUGCGGCGGUUUCGGGAAUUUUCCCUCCAUCGCGAGGGAGAUGAACCGAUCGUGGAUCGCAUUAAGUGCCCUGUCCUACUGACUGGUGCGUCAAGAUCGCUUUAUGCCAGCGCACAGGAUGGCACCGUUGCUGUUUAUAAUGCACUAAAAAUGGUACCCGAGAGUGAAAAGGAGGUUUGGAUACCGUCGAGUAUCGGGGAAGGGGGAAUGACUGGAAAGGUUGGGGCUUGGGCAUUGCUUCCGCAGAAGAGUUUUCAAUUCUUCGACAAGCAUCUUCGAGUGCAUCGAGAUGUAGCUGUAUCUGGUGUGAUAUCACAGGAGCAUGCAUGA